GUUUAAGAGUGUAGUAAAUAACAAAACCAUACAGAUUGGCGAACCAAUAUUACUCAACCCAAACAGCUAUUGCAACGUUGAGCUGAUACUUAAAGAGUUGAAGGAAAACUUACAUAUACCUGACGGUAGAAAAUGGUCUUAUCUUGGUUGCGAUGGUCCGCCAUAUUGUAUCGCCAGCCGAAUCUGUGAAACUGACAAAGAAAAGUGUGAUUGGGUGACACUUGUUCCCGGAUUGGGGCAUUUAAACAUGAAUCAACUGAAAUGUUUUUUCAAAAUUUUAGACCGAAUUUGCUUGGAACUAUUGGCAAAAGACGUGUUAAAUAUCAAAUCGAUUGCUGCCUAUCAAUACUUCGUGAAGUGUAAGGACAACCACAAGGCUUGGCAAAGUUUCGAAACCUUCCUUCAUGGUACAACUAUGGAACUACUCCGUUUAUACGAUUCUGAAACAACAGGAAGUUUGUCGCCAUUGGGAUUCCUCAAAUGGCAGUCAAAAAUAACUUCGCCAACACUGAAAUUAAUUACGCAACUGGUAUUAACUUAUGGUCUUGGUAUUUAUACACAGCGGGUGGGAGAUAGGAGCAAUGACAUCAAAAUUAGUGAUGUGGGAAGAUUCGCAUAUCUAGAUUUGUUUUAUGCAUUCAAUCAUCCGAUCUACAGGGAAAUAGAGUACCGCGACCUUCGGAAUAGAGCUAUUUAUCCAAAUGAAGUGACGGAACAACGAAAUCAAAAUCUUAGUUUCUCUACAGGGUCAUUAGAGAAAAAAAACCAAGGUGGUGAUUUUCUUUUAGAGCAGAAGAUCCAACGUCAAAAAAUGAUCGCUCCGAAGGGCAUCGUUGACAAGUCAACUUGGAAAAGGAUUUCAAGAUCCAUAGAUAAAUUUGAUAGCUUGUACACGAAAUACUCUAACAUUUUGAAAGUCAAUGAAAAGUCUGGUUCAAGAAACAUAAUUCUCAAUGAAGAAGUCAUUCAAUGGCGCUCAGUUCUGAGAUAUUCUAACUAUUUAACACAAUAUAACCAACAUGAAGCUGCUUUUAAUAUAUUUGGAGAAAAUUUGCAUGAUAACCUUCUGAAUUUAUCAAAUAAAGCAAAAACAAAACGGUUGUUUUAUUGGGAACAAAAAAGAAAUGGCAAAAACCUUCAAAAUAUUACUUAUUUACCUUUGCGAAUUAUAGAGUAUGAAGAAGACUUGAUGGCUGAACUUUCAGAAGAUGAAUUGUCUUGAAAGAAGUAUGAAUAUAAGAAAUAUGCCCCCCCCCCCCACGAGGAUUAUGUACAAGGUUUUUAUAUAUAUUAUAUAAUAGAAUAUAAAUAAUCUGUGGCUGUUAUGUAUAUAAUAAAAAUGUGAUGGCUUUUGAUAAAUAACAACUGCCGGUUUCAUAAGAUACUUUAUGUGUAACAAAAAUAUGGGUUUUAAAAAUAUGUGUAUUUAGAAAACAUAAAAAGUGUUGGUAAAUAAUACCAUUAUCGUUUUUCUCAAUUGAGUUCUUUCAGUCCAGCUUGAACAAAAAUUCAACGAAAAUUCAACAAAAAAUGUGAGCACAAUCCUUAUUUGCUUUGCUACUACUAU